AUGAACCGGAAGUUACAGUGUUUUGAUACGCGGAAGAAGCCCAGCCGUCGUCUAUAAAAAAAUAGACGCUUUCUUAGCAGAAAAGAAAAUAUUUUUAGACGACAAAUGUGACAUUCUCGCUCAAGGCCACCAUGGAAUUUUCACUGAGACGAGUUAUUGGUGUGAAACCACCAAAAGCGUAUCUCCUGCUACCUUUUCUGUUGUCGGUCCUGCUCGUCGGAAGCCAAGGCGACAGUAAUGUGUUGGAUAACGUCGUCACUGAGAGGAUGGCUGAGGAAAGCCACCGACAAGACAGUGCCAAUCUGCUUAUAUUCAUCAUGUUGCUAACACUCACCAUUCUAACGAUAUGGCUUUUCAAACACCGGCGUUUUAGGUUCCUCCACGAAACGGGACUUGCCAUGAUCUAUGGCCUGUUAGUGGGUGUGAUCCUGCGCUUUGGUGUCCAUGUGCCUCAGAGUAUGAGCGAUUUGAUCCUCAGCUGUGCUGUCAACGCCAGCCCUGCCACCUUGCUAGUCAAUGUCAGUGGACGAUUCUACGAGUACACCUUGAAAGGAGAAGUCAGUCGGGGGAAAGGCCACCAAGUGCAGGACGAUGAAAUGCUGCGAAAGGUGACCUUUGACCCAGAAGUUUUUUUCAACAUUUUGCUGCCUCCUAUAAUCUUCCAUGCAGGUUACAGUCUGAAAAGGAGGCAUUUUUUCAGAAACAUUGGUUCCAUCCUGGCCUAUGCUUUUAUGGGAACAGUUAUUUCUUGCUUUGUUAUUGGGCUCAUCAUGUAUGGCUUUGUGUCUUUCAUGAAAGUUGUGGGCCAGCUUGGGGGCGAUUUUUACUUUACUGACUGCCUCUUCUUUGGGGCCAUUGUCUCAGCAACAGACCCAGUGACUGUGCUGGCUAUUUUCAAUGAGCUGAAAGUAGAUGUCGACCUAUACGCUUUAUUGUUUGGGGAGAGUGUUCUCAAUGAUGCUGUGGCCAUCGUUCUCUCCUCCUCCAUUGUGGCAUAUCAGCCAGCAGGGGACAACAGCCACAGCUUUGAGGCCAUGGCCUUGCUGAAAUCCUUUGGCAUUUUCCUUGGUGUCUUCAGUGGUUCUUUUGCACUUGGAGUGGCUACUGGAGUCAUGACUGCUCUUGUGACCAAGUUUACUAAGCUGAGGGACUUCCCUUUGCUGGAGACAGCCCUCUUUUUCCUGAUGUCCUGGAGCACCUUUUUGCUGGCAGAGGCCUGCGGGUUCACAGGUGUAGUAGCAGUGCUGUUCUGUGGGAUCACUCAGGCUCACUACACCUUCAACAAUCUCUCCCCCGAGUCUCAAGACAGAACCAAACAGUUGUUUGAGCUGCUGAACUUCCUGGCAGAGAACUUCAUCUUCUCCUACAUGGGUCUCACUCUCUUCUCCUUCCAGUCACAUGUCUUCAACCCAUUAUUCAUCAUUGGAGCCUUUCUGGCUGUGUUUCUAGGCAGGGCUGCAAACAUCUACCCUUUGUCCUUCCUCCUCAACCUGGGCCGCAAAAACAAGAUAGGAUCAAAUUUUCAGCACGUUAUGAUGUUUGCAGGUCUGCGUGGAGCGAUGACCUUUGCUCUUUCUAUUCGAGACACAGCAACAUAUGCCCGCCAAAUGAUGUUUUCAACCACCCUGCUCAUUGUCUUCUUCACUGUGUGGAUCUGUGGAGGCGGCACCAUGCCCAUGCUGUCUUUCAUGAGCAUACCAGUGGGUGUGGACUCUGAUCAGGAACACUCAAGCUCAACUGUGUGGGAUGGGUCGCAGCGGAGGAGCACCAAACAUGAGAGCGCCUGGCCCUUCAGGAUCUGGUACAACUUUGACCACAACUAUCUGAAACCCCUCCUGACUCACAGCGGUCCUCCGCUCACUGCUACUCUGCCAUCUUGUUGUGGACCACUAGCAAAAUGCCUUACCAGCCCACAGGCCUAUGAGAAUGAAGGGCAGCUCCAUGACGACGACUCUGAUUUAAUUAUUAACGAUGUCAACGUGAGCUCCAUGUACGCAGACGUCACCGUCAGCACAGAUGCAUCUGGAUCCCGCACCUUUAAUCCCAAGAGCUCCUCCACCAGCAACGCUGGGAAAGGAUCGGUCAACGAGGGUCUGGAGCGGGAGCUCGGCCUGGUGGAACAUGACGUCGCAAUCCGCGGCACACGCCUCGUCCUGCCAAUGGACGACCCUGCUGAGCCCCCAACAACCGUCACCCUUCCCCCGCCACCAUCCCCGCCAAGCUCUGAAACUCACAGGCACAGACUGUAAGAAGGGCCCCUCGGUUGGGAUUUGGUUUGUGUUUCAGACUUAUAAAUAAUCAAAUAUUACAAGAAAAAAAAAAUCUGUUUGGGGUUUAAUGAAAUUACAAAUUAUUGUUAACUAUCAGUCAUAUAAAAGUGGAGUUGAUGGGACCACCUCUCUGUCUCGCAUCUGUUAGCAAGAGCAUCUUUAUCUCUGUCAAAAUCAAAGCAGAAACACAGUUAGCUGCUAUCGAGAAGGCUAAAAAGUGGAAGAGUGCGUCCAUUUGCACCACAGCGGUUAAGCUAGUGUCUCUCAAAGUUCCAACUCUGGUUGUAUAUAUAGUUUUUUUUUAUUUUUAUUUUUAUUUUUUUAUGGUGGUGAGAUUUUGUCUCUGAUGUCAGUUACUGUAUUUGUUCAGUUUUUUAAAAAGUAUACUAAAUGAUCACAACCACCCUGACAUUUGCUGUGUUGUUAAAGAGCAUUUACACUAAAACUGGGUAAUUGUUAUUUGACUUAACCUCAAGUUGUCUUACUCUGCUCCAAAUGUUUGCCUCCCUCUCAAAGUUGUCAGAACGGUUCAACGAGUUAGAAUCUGGAUUUGAAUGGACGAUAUUUCAGAAGGAGCGCAAAUGAACAGAGAGAAAGUUAUAUUUGUGAUGGAAACGGUACAAAUACUUUGUAUGUAGGCACUGAGAGGUCUAAAGGAUGAUGCGCUAAAAACUGUAACCGCAUCCGCAACACUGGAGCAUCUCUGAUACAGAUGCCAGCACUUGAUUUAUUGACCUGUUUAUUUAAAUGAUUUGUUUAUUUAUUAUUUAUUGAUGGUGUUGUAGUGUGAAAUCCUUUACUACUUGGGGGUGGAAGGCUACUGUUUCAAGCUCUUUCUGUUUAUGAAAGAAAACUGCGCCACAACUCCACCUGGUACGUCUUGCAAUGAGGAUUUCACAAGCUGGGAUUUACUCAUUUGUCUCCGUCCCAUAUCGUAGCAGAUGCUUCUACUUUAUACUUGGAAACUAGAGCUUCCUCGUGUGUUUUCCUAUUAUGUGCAUGGCUGAUGAGGCCAAAUCGUAUAUAGUUACUAGGGCUAAAGUUUCUGGUUUUCUGCUGGUUAAAAAGUCUUUCUCACAAAACGAACAACAACACAAACUGCCAUGUCUUUAUGAUGUUGUCAUCAAAGAUAACGGGUGGGGGUCUUUGGCUGAACUGUUUUGAAUUCAAGUGCCUAUUUAGAAACUCAAUUAAGUAUUUCUGAUUUGUAUGUAUUUUGAUUUGCUGAUGUGCAGUUAAGUGAUAUUUUUUUAUAUGGUUUAUGACACUACAACUUUUGAUUGAAGCUGAAUUCUUCCAGUCUUCCCAGUAUAAUUGGGCCACCACAUAUCUGUCUGUGGUUUUACUAUUGUAGCAUCAAAUGGCAGAAAAGCCUGAAAGAGUGCAAAAUAAAUAUUACAUUUACCCUAAUGGAAAAUUACAGGUGUUGUCAGAUGUGAGCAUUUUUUGAACAGUGUACAUAUGGAAAACAUUUUUUAUGUAAAAAAAACAUUGAUGUUGCACUUUGUAAUAAUUAGGGGCAAAAUUUGAAUUUGAGUGUAGGGAAAAGAAAGAUGUGUCUGAUUUUUACUGAUGGUAUUGUGCACUUUUUAAACAAAGUUUGUUACUGUUCCAUCUUCUUUAGGGGAUAAGUUUAACUAAAAUAUCUCCCUAAAUCACCAACUUUGUCCUGAUUUUUGCUGAGCUAACGAUGUAAGGGGCUUUUUUUUAUAAGUGAGGUGGAAGUUAUUCCUUCUCUACAUUACUAUAUCAAGAAAGUUAUCUAAUGUUUUGAUUAUGUGAAACUCCACUUGUUUUGAUCAACAAGCAGUAUUCUCAAAUGAGUUGCUGCAUAUUCUUCUAGAGAUAUGCAUCCACAUCUUUUGAUCUACAAGUCUGAUUAAAAUGUAGUUAAACCGUAAAUAACUACUCUCUGUGGGAUUCUGAAGAAACAUCCUAAACUCAAUUAAAUAUAUGAAAAUGUUCCAUGUUUCUGCUGUUAGUAGAAACUGUAUUUGGUACAUCUGCAGUAUGUCCAUGUGUAAAUGUUUUCAAAGUUUUGAGGGCAAAAUAAUCUGAAAUGGAUUCUGGGUGUAAUCCUGAAGUUAUUAACCGUGUGUUGUCAGUUUGACUUCUUGCAAGUGUACUAAAAUGAAAAUAAAAAACCCCUUUUAAAUUUGA